CUUCUCCAGGAGCUGAGGCGGCGGCUGAGGCGGCGUUUUCCGUGUCUGCUGCGGUCUAGGUGGCGUUCCUGUCCGGCAACGAGCGGCUGUGCAGCCCCGGCGCCCGCGGGCAAUGGUGCGGCGGAGCGCGCGGACGCGGGCGGCCCUACGGUGGGCAUGAAGGAGGAUGGAAGGACAGGACGAGGUGUCGGCGCGGGAGCAGCACUUCCACAGCCAAGUGCGAGAGUCCACGAUAUGUUUUCUUCUUUUUGCCGUCCUCUACAUUGUUUCCUACUUCAUCAUUACAAGAUACAAGAGAAAAUCAGAUGAACAAGAAGAUGAGGAUGCUGUAGUCAACAGGAUAUCGUUGUUUCUGAGCACCUUCACUCUAGCAGUUUCAGCUGGAGCUGUUUUGCUUUUACCCUUCUCAAUCAUCAGUAAUGAAAUCCUGCUUGCUUUUCCUCAAAACUACUAUAUUCAGUGGCUAAAUGGCUCCUUGAUCCAUGGAUUGUGGAAUCUCGCGUCUUUAUUUUCCAACCUUUGUUUGUUUGUGUUGAUGCCCUUUGCCUUUUUCUUUCUGGAAUCAGAAGGUUUUGCGGGCCUGAAAAAGGGAAUCCGAGCCCGAGUUUUGGAAACUCUGGUCAUGUUGCUGCUUCUUGCAUUGCUGAUUCUUGGGAUGGUGUGGGUGGCUUCUGCCCUGAUUGACAGCGAUGCUGCCAGCAUGGAGUCUUUAUAUGAUCUCUGGGAGUUCUACUUACCAUAUUUAUACUCCUGCAUUUCACUGAUGGGAUGCUUGCUGCUUCUCUUGUGUACCCCAGUUGGCCUUUCCCGUAUGUUCACAGUGAUGGGUCAGUUGCUGGUGAAGCCAGCAAUACUUGAAGACUUGGAUGAACAAAUUUAUAUGAUUACCCUAGAAGAAGAAGCACUCCAGAGAAGACUACAUGGGCUGUCUUCAUCAGUGGAAUACAACGUAAUGGAAUUGGAGAAAGAACUUGAGAAUGUAAAGACCCUUAAGACAAAAUUAGAGAGGCGAAAAAAGGCUUCGGCAUGGGAGAGAAAUCUCGUGUAUCCUGCUGUUAUGGUUCUACUUCUUAUUGAAACAUCCAUUUCGGUCCUCUUGGUGGCGUGUAAUAUUCUUUGCCUACUGGUUGAUGAGACUGCAAUGCCAAAGGGAACAAGGGGGCCUGGGAUAGGAAGCGCCUCUCUCUCCACUUUUGGCUUUGUGGGAGCUGCACUUGAAAUCAUUCUGAUUUUCUAUCUCAUGGUGUCUUCUGUUGUUGGUUUCUAUAGCCUCAGAUUUUUUGGAAACUUUACACCCAAGAAGGCUGACACAACGAUGACAAAGAUCAUUGGGAAUUGUGUGUCAAUCUUAGUCUUGAGCUCUGCUCUGCCUGUGAUGUCAAGAACACUGGGAAUCACUAGAUUCGAUCUACUUGGAGACUUUGGAAGAUUUAAUUGGCUGGGAAAUUUCUAUAUUGUAUUAUCCUACAAUUUACUCUUUGCUAUUGUGACAACAUUGUGUUUGGUCAGAAAAUUCACGUCAGCUGUACGAGAAGAACUUUUCAAGGCCCUAGGACUUCACAAGCUUCACUUGUCAGAUACCUCAAGAGAUUCAGAAACUGCAAAGCCUUCUGCAAAUGGUCAUCAGAAAGCAUUGUGAGACCUGACUGCCUAGCAGCAUUCUUCAGCAAGUUCCGACGAUUCCUGACAUUCCCACAGACACUCAUCAGCUUGUGGGCUGCCUAUCAGUGCCACCUUCUCACCAGCACUGAGAACUUGACAUUGCUGAUCAGUUUCUCCUUUGACUUUUCUGAUUGACCUUAGAGCUUUUGGCUAAAUCCUGAGUCUUGGAGAUUGGGGAAAAGUUGUAUGUCUACAGCAGGGAGCCAUCUGGAUGAGCAGUAAAGAUGUGCAAAGAAGCUGACUUGGACUUUCUUAUGCUUUGCUUUAUGCUGUGAGACGUUUGGGUCUGCAGGCAGAAGCCCACUGGAAGUUGUCUGGUACCCCAAAACAUUUUCAGAAAGUCCUAAAAACUUCUGUAUUAGUAGUAAACUUCAUUUUUUAUUUCCUUAAAAAACCAAAAGCAGAGUUUCUGAUUCAUGUUACAGAAUCUUCAUUAGACUUUGGGCCAGUGGAAAAAUACUGGGUUCUUUCCAAACUUGAGCCUUGGUGGGAAGCCCCAAGGCUAUCUUGUUGUGGAAAGCAGCAGUAAGAAGCAUACGUGAUUGUAGAUUUGGACAUUUGUGUGUAUACACCUGAUAAUACUUCUCACAGCACAGUGCCAGUGUUGUACACACUUGUAACUUAGACUUUGCCUUAUAGGCCAUAUGUAUAUUCACUUUUUAAAACCUUUUUAAAAAACUAUUUCACUUCUGUGCUUGUUGUGCCUGUGAAACCCAUAGACAGAAAUUGCUUCCUUUUUAUGUCUCAGGCUUUGGUGACCUUCAUAUACACCACCUUAAGUCUUCACCUCAGGACAGUUACCAGGGUGAUACCCAGAACUUAAGGGUCAUAGAAGAGCAGGCACAGUGUAAUAUGAGCUCAUAAUUAUUCAGUCGUUUAGUUGUACAUGAUUGUUGGGAUGGUUUCUUAAUUCUUGAGUCUACUGAUUAAAAGCCAAGAGUGCAUGCUGUGCUGUGCUGUCCCUAGGUAGCACACAGUUCAUGGAAAUAAUGGUGCUUACAUGCACGUUGUGGAUGACAAAACAGGAUUUGUAUUCAGAAAAAAGUAAAACACUUUUUUUCUCAAAUUGUUGAAUUUAGUUUCUUUUGGAGAAAUUUACGAAAAACAGGAUGUAUCUGACAUAAUUUUUUAUUACAUAGAAAAACAAGAAAAUUGAGCUGUACUUUUACAGCCAUUGAGUAUACUUCUUCCCUUACAUCAUUGACAUUCUCUGAUUCCUCAGUCUGAAGGAGAAGGAGCAUUGGGGCUGUGGCUCUGAGUGACUCAGUGCGUGCCUUCAGCGGGUACUGGUAGAUUCCUGAGUGCGAGGUCUUGCACUAGCACAAUGCAAGUCAGCUGCCUUCAAUUUUCCGUGAUCAUUAUGUUAGUUAAUGCCAGGCUCUGCUUUUUAUUGAAACUUGAAAUCCAUCCUUUGGGAAGAUCAAGUGAAGGAGAGAUCAGAGAGUAGUAUUCCACUGCAGUCAUUUUCAGUGCACACCAUUUGCCGAUUCAUCCAAACACAGAGCUCCUGGCUAAUCUGUAAGGUAAGGUGUCUGGAAAUUUUAUAAAAUAUUAAACUUUUCAGUAUGUCUCAACUUUAA